AUGGACGAGUUCGGUCCUGUUCGAGGCUUUGAUGUUCCUUUUGAUGGAGUAGAAGACUGGGAUCCAUCGGCUAUACCCCCUCCUGACGGUGAGAUGGCUAGCCUUGACACUAGCCUCACACAGUUAGGACAUCAGCCUGUACUUGCAGCACCCGAACCCUCAAUGGCUGAGCCUGAUUCGGAGCCGGAAGAGUCACAAGCAGGGUUCGACCCGAUGGAUGUGGAUUUGGGUGCAGUGCUAGAGGAGGAACUCGAAGAAGAGCCUGAGGAGGAACCAGAAGAAGAGUCAGAGGAAGAACCGAAGGAGGAGCCUGAAGAAGAGGAACGAAUUGAGGUUCCGUUGGAGUCGGGGGAUGAAGAUAACCCGAUUGAGAUCGAGGCGGAUUCGGAAUCCUCAGAGGAGCAAGUGGCUCAAGGGGAAUCAGAUUCGAGUUCUAGGGAGAACGACUCGGAGUGGACGCCGUCUAGAGGGCGUAGGGGUUAG